AUGCUUUUGGUGGACACUCAAGAGCAGAAAAUUGAGCUUGAUGAGGAUUUAAAGUUGAGAAUCGCAAACUCACGUCCACACAAAAGACUUGUUGGACAAAGACUUUAUUUGGAUCUUCUCAAAAAGGAUGAUGUGUUAUCUCAUGGAGCUGUUACAAACGAGUAUACUAUUAGAGUCGAGCUGGAGAAGUUGGGAUUGUUGAAGGUGAAAAGAGACACAAAUCUGGAAGUGGAUCGUCGUUUAGCUCUUUACGCCUAUACACAUGAUACUUUUUCUCUACUACUUGUGCCAAUGAUUCGAGAUAAAAAGGAAGCUCUGGGCUCAAUGGGUAACGAUGCUGCAUUGGCUUGUCUCUCCGAUUACAAUCCUCUUCUUUUCUCCUACUUUCAACAGCUAUUUGCACAGGUCACAAAUCCUCCAAUCGACCCAUUCCGUGAGCAAAUUGUGAUGUCACUUCGUUGCCCGGUUGGCCCUGAAGGGAAUAUUCUUGAAGCGGCUGAAGAACUGCCUGGAAGACUUAUUUUGGAUCAACCAAUUCUAUCACUUGUUGAUCUUGUGGUGAUGAAACGGACAAUGUAUAAGGGAUGGCGAACGAAGACCAUCGAUAUCACUUACCCAGUCAAGUAUGGAGUUAAAGGUCUCGUUCCUGGACUUGAUCGAAUCUGUUGUGAGGCUUGCACGGCGGCGCUCGACGGUUUUCAAAUCAUUGUGCUAUCAGAUCGAAAUGCUGAUCCAAGUAAUGUGCCGAUUCCUUCUCUUCUUGCAGUCGGCGCCAUUCAUCAGACGCUCAUUAGAAACCGCUUGCGAAUGAAAGUUGCUUUGGUGGUUGAAUCGGGCGAGGCGCGCGUUGUGCAUGAUUUCUGUGUUUUGCUUGGAUUUGGUGCUGAUGCGAUCUGCCCAUAUAUGGUCUUCGAGACUUGUUAUCGACUCCGAAACUUUGGAUUAAUCGAAAAAGAGCUCAAUGAUGAUUUGAUUUUCGAUGGCUAUCGUCAAGGAGUAGAGAGAGGAAUUUUCAAAGUAAUGGCCAAAAUGGGCAUCUCAACGCUUCAUUCAUACAAACACGCACAAAUCUUUGAAGUUGUCGGUUUAUCGAGUGAAGUGGUUGACAUGUGCUUUAAAAAUACGGUCUCACGAUUGGGUGGCGCUUCGUUUGAGAUAUUGGCCGCGGAAGCAUUGAAGAGACAUCAUAUGGCCUAUCCAUCGGCACAAAGUCACAAUAUUGGUGACUCAGCGACGCUGAUCUCUACGGGAACCUAUCAUUGGAGACAAGGCGGUGAAAGACAUAUCAAUGAGCCGAAAGCUGUGGCCAAGCUACAGGCAGCCGCUCGAUCUAACGACAGCAAAACUUUCCAAGAGUACUCGCAAGCAUCGAACUUGGCUCAAAGAUGGUGUUCGCUUCGUGGCCAACUCGAGAUCAAGACCUCAUCGAAAAUUCAGAUCCCGAUUGAAGAGGUUGAGCCAGCCUCAGAGAUUGUAAAACGUUUUGUGACUGGAGCGAUGUCAUUCGGCUCGAUCUCCUGGGAAGCACAUACAACACUUGCUGUCGCCAUGAACAGAAUUGGUGGCAAGUCGAACACCGGAGAAGGAGGGGAGAAACCGGAAAGAUAUUCAAAAGGACAAUCCAAAGAGCAGAACAUUCGCUCAGCCAUUAAACAAGUCGCCUCGGCUCGUUUCGGAGUCACUUCUUCGUAUCUGGCGAACGCCGAUGAGAUUCAAAUCAAAAUGGCUCAAGGAGCCAAACCUGGAGAAGGAGGAGAAUUGCCUGGACACAAGGUGACUGUGGAUAUUGCAAGCACAAGAAAGUCGACCCCGGGAGUCGGUCUGAUCUCUCCACCACCACACCACGAUAUCUACUCGAUUGAAGAUUUGGCUCAAUUGAUCUACGACUUGAAAUGCGCAAAUCCAGUGGCGCGAGUCUCAGUGAAGCUGGUCAGCGAAGCUGGAGUGGGGAUUGUUGCCUGCCGGAGACACGAUGGAGGAACUGGAGCUUCCAGUUGGACUGGUAUCAAGCACGCCGGUUUACCCUGGGAAUUGGGUGUCGCGGAGACACAUCAAGUGCUCACAAUGAACAACCUUCGAUCAAGAGUCAUUGUGCAAGCAGAUGGACAGAUUAGAACUGGUCGAGAUGUGAUGAUUGCCACGUUGCUUGGUGCUGAUGAGUUCGGUAUGUCGACGGCUCCACUCAUCGUUCUUGGUUGCACAAUGAUGAGGAAAUGUCAUUUGAAUACUUGCCCGGUCGGAAUCGCUACACAAGACCCAGUGCUUCGAGAGAAAUUUGACGGGAAACCCGAGCAUGUCAUCAAUUUUAUGUUCAUGGUGGCUGAGGAGGUUCGCUAUUUCCUCUCGAAGUUGGGACUUCGCAAACUUGAGGAUGCGGUUGGACGAACAGAUCUCUUGUAUGCUAGUCCUGAUCCAGUCAACAAGAAAGCCACUAUGCUCGAGUUCGGCCCAAUCCUCAAAAACGUUCAACACAUGUUCCCAACUCAUUCCACCAAAGGAGGAUCGGUGAAACAAUUUCUUGAACUCCCCACUCUUGAAAGCAAGAUCAUCGAUCAAUUGGGUGAUGUUUUCGAGAAAGGAAUUACCAAGAAGUUCGACAAUUUGAUCAUUUCGAAUCACGAUCGUGCUUUCGGGACAAGAAUCAGCUACGAGAUUUCAAAACGAUACGACGAAGAAGGAUUGAGCAAUGGUCGAGGGAUUGAGUUGAACCUCAAAGGGUCAGCUGGGCAAUCAUUCGGCGCUUUUCUAGCAAAAGGUGUUACCUUAACGCUGGAAGGAGACGCAAACGAUUAUGUUGGAAAAUGUCUCUCUGGAGGAAAAGUUGUCAUCUUUCCACCAAAAGAAGCUAGAUUCAAAAGUCAAGAGAACAGCAUUAUUGGCAAUGUGGCGUUGUAUGGAGCUACUUCAGGAGAAGCAUUCUUCCGUGGAAUGGCUGGUGAAAGGUUUGCGGUGAGAAAUUCUGGAGCCGAGGCCGUUGUGGAAGGAGUCGGAGAUCAUGGUUGUGAGUAUAUGACGGGGGGAAGAGUGAUCAUCCUUGGCUCAAUUGGAAGAAACUUUGCGGCAGCGAUGAGUGGAGGAAUUGCUUACGUCUUUAGCCAUGAUGAGCUUACGGUUCGUCGAAUGAACACCGCCACGAUUGAUCUUGAUGAGGCGACUGAUGAGGAUUUGAUUUAUGUGCGAACGAAAGUCUCCGAGUUUGUUCGUUUGACUGGCUCAACACUUGGUCAAAAGAUUCUCGACGAGUGGCAAGUUGAGCACAGAAAUAUCGUCAAGGUUUUCCCAAAAGAUUACAAACGGGUGCUGAAAGAGCAAGAGGCUGAGCGGCAGAAGGCGAUACAAGAGAAACGCGAUUUGGAGGAGAUGAACAGGCUUUCAAUCAAUGGAAGCGCCCGUGAAAGAGCUCUCUCAAUGGACAUGCAAAUCGCCGUUCAUCACGAUGAUCGAAAAAAGAAACCGAUCAGAAAAAUUUCUGGCCUUAUCAAACAGACUUCAACAUCGAGAAGGCGAAAGGUCUCCAAAUCGCUUCGGCCUAUUGAUAUUGCGGGAUUCGAGAAAGAGGUGGACAUUCAAGAUGCAGUCUUUGACGCGGAUGAGGACAAUUCAGAAGGAUCAAGAUCCGAUGAUGAGAUGGUUGAGUUCAAGAAGAAACUCACGACCACCGUUGACAUCGAGGGAAUUGGGUUGCCGAAUCAUUUGAAGAAGAAAGACGAUGAUGAGGAGUUAGAUAAAUUGAGGGGAUUUGUCAAGUAUCGCCGCCAGAAAAAGCUCUAUCGAGACCCGAGUGAGAGACUGAAAGAUUGGGAUGAGGUGGCCGAUUAUGAAGCGAUUCGAUCAAAUAUCCGAGAGCAAGCGGCCAGAUGCAUGGACUGCGGUGUGCCAUUCUGUCAAGGGCACACUGGUUGCCCACUUGGCAACAUCAUCCCUAAAUGGAACGAUUAUGUCUUCAAAAAGAACUGGAGACAAGCGCUGGAACAACUCUUGCAGACUAACAACUUCCCCGAGUUCACCGGAAGAGUUUGUCCAGCUCCGUGUGAGGGUGCUUGUUGUUUGGCUAUCGGAUCUCCAGCAGUGACCAUUAAAUCAAUCGAAUGCGCAAUCAUUGACUACGCCUUCAUGCAAAAUUGGAUUCAACCUUGUAAACCGGAGCACAACACUGGGAAAAGAGUGGCAAUCAUUGGAUCUGGACCAUCUGGUUUGGCAGCUGCAGCUCAACUGAUCAAAGUUGGGCACACUGUGGUUGUGUAUGAGAGGAAAAAUCGAGUAGGUGGCCUGUUGCGAUACGGGAUUCCAACAAUGAAGCUCGAUAAAUUUGUCGUUGAUCGCCGAGUGAAGCUUUUAGAAGAAGAGGGUGUGAGAUUCUUGGCAAAUACGGAGAUUGGAAGAGAUGUGCCGGCCGAUUUCUUGCUCAAGGAAAACGAUGCAAUUGUUGUUUGCACUGGUUCAACGACUGCUAGAGAUCUUCCAUGCGAGGGAAGGGAUGCAAAGGGAAUCUACUUUGCCAUGCAAUUCUUGGAAAGACAACAAAGAAGGAGAGCUGGUGAUGAGCUUCCUUGGGAUGGAAUGGAUGCAAAAGACAAGAGAAUUAUUGUGUUGGGCGGAGGAGACACGGCGACUGAUUGUAUUGGAACCUGUUUGAGAAUGGGCGCCAAAUCCGUGACAGCUUUCGAAAUUCUUCCUCAACCAGGAGAGCUCCGCAAAGCCGAAAAUCCCUGGCCCGAAUGGCCGUUGAUUUUCCGAGUUGAUUAUGGACAUGAUGAGGCAAAAAGUAUCCAAGGAAAGGAUCCAAGGACAUACUCGGUGUCAACAAAGCGUUUCAUCACUGAAGAAAACGCGGCUGGAAUCAAGAUUGUGACAGGGUUAGAGGUGGUUGAAAUCGAGUGGGAGAAGGACGAGAAAGGAGCAUGGAAAAUGGUGGAAAAGAUUGAGACUCUUUGGGUGGAACCAGCUGAUAUGGUCAUUCUUGCAAUGGGAUUCGUUGGACCGGAAAAGGCAGUGAUUGAACAAUUGAAGUUGAAGAUGGAUCCAAGAAGCAAUAUCAUGACUGCGCAGGAGAAAUACAAUACAUCGAUGGCCAAGGUGUUCGCAGCGGGUGAUUGUCGACGUGGUCAAUCUCUCGUCGUUUGGGCGAUUCACGAGGGUCGACAAGCUGCUCGUCAAGUUGAUGAAUAUCUCAUGGGAAAGACGAAUUUGGCUGGACCUGGAGGAAUUGUCACCGCAAAUUUCAACAUUCUUGAAGAC